CAGGUGUGAGCUACCACAGCGGGUGCUCUGCCUGCUUCAGAAUGUUUCCCCUGUAGUUUGUCAUAGGGUGUCCUUAUUUUUAUCUUCUGAGCCUCCUUGAAGCCCGUUGAAGAAACUGAGGUCUGGGAAGUGGCUGUGACUAGUCUCCCACCCUAGACCAACUCGGACAGUUUUCUGGUUACUAGAGCAUCUUGCCCUGUUGAUUCAGUAGUGUGGUGCUCUCAGCAGACUGAACUGGAGGGAGCGCAGGGUGGUUAGAAAACGGGGAGCAGGUGCUCCCUCCAGGGGAAGCUAAAACCAGUGUCUCAGCCUCUUUUUCUUUGCUCAGCUGGAGCAGGCAAGGGUCAGGGACUUGGCUGGGCCUUCUGUCUGCUAGGGUGGCCCCAUCUGCGCAGUCAGAGUGGACUCCCAGAAGUACCUGCUAUACACUGGGCUCUCACAUCCAGACAGAAAAACCCUCCCUUCCUGGAGCAGGCAUGAAUGAACCAGAUGAAGAACUAGAGAUCCAGAGAGGCUGACUGUGUGCACCGAGGUGACCCAGCCUGGAGACUGAGCUGACUUGUAACUGAGGGACAAGCGCAGGCCUUGCGGCCAUGAAGCUGAACGAGCGCAGCCUGGCCUUCUACGCAACCUGCGAUGCUCCAGUGGACAAUGCUGGCUUCCUCCACAAGCGUGGUGGACGCGGGGCGGGCUCGCACCGGCGCUGGUUCGUGCUUCGUGGCAACAUGCUCUUCUACUUCGAGGCAGAGGCCAGCCGCGAGCCGCUGGGCGUCAUCCUGCUGGAGGGGUGCACGGUGGAGCUGGUGGAUGUCCGGGAGGAGUUUGCCUUCGCCGUGCACUUUGCUGGUGGUCGCUCUCGGCCCUACGUGCUGGCAGCUGAUAGCCAGGCGGCCCUGGAGGGCUGGGUGAAGGCGCUGUCACGAGCCAGCUUCCACUACCUGCGCUUAGUGGUGCGUGAGUUGGAGCAGCAGCUGGCAGCCAUGCGGGAGGGAAGCCCUGCCAAUGCCUUGCCGGCCAGCCCAAGCCCAGUCUUGAACCCUCGACCCAAGGAGAAUGGCCGGGCAGUAUGGAGUGCGCUGCCUGAGCAACCCACUGCAGCCCCCCAGCGCCCACCGCUACCGCCCCGUCGCAGGGCCUCUGCUUCCAAUGGGCCCUUGUUAUCAUUCGCCCAGCUACAUGAGCAGUAUGGACUGGAGGUGCGGGCCCUCAGGAGCCAGUGGCGUGGAGGCCACACUGGCCUAGCUGGCCUGGAGGUCUCCUGGCAUCCUUCUGAGUCUGGUGGGACUCAUACACAGGACCAGCCUUAAGGGGCCUACUGGCUGUGAGGGAAGCCUGAGUAAAGCCAGGCUUCCGGGGGACAAAGGACAUGUGACCCAGAAGACCUGACCUCUGGGGCUCAGUGGCAGUUACUGCCAAGAAGAACCUGGGACCUGAACAUUCUACAAGAACUCAAGGAAUUGGUUGCUAGAGAGUCCUGCCCCAGGACAGCCCUGGAGUAAGGCCCAUGGGGCCCAAGGUCCACCUAGUACUGGUCCUCACAAGGGUCAGGAAGCCUGGGCCCAGAGGCUGCUGCAUGGGCUUCUCAUUUGGGUCUGAAGCAGCAGGUAGAAGGUGGAGUUAAACUGGAUAAAUCCCCAAGGCCCUGGCCUGGAACCAGCUAAGGCAGGACUUUGCCCGGCCUUGGCAGGCAGGGCCUCUUAGAGCCAAGUAACCUCCAGUCCUGGGCUGUGGCCUAGCUUCCUCCCAGCUUCACCUCUGCCUGAUUCCAGACAACCAGUGGGCCUCCCUGCUGGGUCCCUGCUCAGUGCUGGCUCUCUUCCAGAGUGUUGGGCGGGACAACCUGCCCCACCUGGGUCUUGUUUACAGUCCUCCUCAGUGCCCUGCCCUGGGGACUGGAGGACACUCGCUCCAGUCUCUGCGUCAGAUGGACAGAUUUCACCCUGGCCCCACUUGUCUGUCCCGGGAGGCCCUGAGUUGGGGUUCUGUAGGUGAUUUUGCCACCAGAGCCUCUUGGCUGCCUGCUGGUUCAGGCGCCAGGGCUUGGCUGUGGGUUUCACUUUGAAGUUUAUAAGGUAUUGCUUUUGUCUUUCUUCCAGCAGUGAAGUUUAGUAUCCUCACCCCCCCA